GGAUACCGUUACCACCAGUUUUAUGAAGGCUAACCAAGAUGCUAUGAAGUCAUUUUCCGAAUUUAUUGAAAAAUGUCUUAAUAUAUUGAAGAAAGAGCCUAAACAGCCUAAGAAGAUGAUGCUCAAAAAAAUAGAAAAUGAAAUGUCUGCCGUGCGUCUCUUUAUACGAGAAAUUCAACCAAUUAUGCGCAGUAAUCUUCGAGGUGAAAAUCCUAAACAGCUCGAAAUUUUCAAACCGAUUGAUGCUUGCUGCCAAUUGACUCAAACUGAGAUGUCUUAUCAAUUAUUGCGCAUU